GCGCCCCCCAGGAUGCGUCACUCGCCUCAGGCUUAUCAAAACUCCACCCGAGUCCCGAGAACAUCUUUACUUCCUCUCUUCCUGGUAGCAGCCUCGCGGUCCCGGGCUGUGGGGAUCUUACGUCUAGCCCGGACCCGAGGGUGUCGUCGCGCCUGCAGACCCACCUGCGCAGCCUCUCUUUCUUCCCAUUCACUCUCCCGUGCGGGGGACUCUAAAUCUGACCCCUGGACCUUCCUGGUGAGGUAGGGCCGCGACGCCACCGCCGGAGCUGGAAAGCGAAACCGCUCUGCUCCGCAAACGGCACCGCCCGCGUCCGCCCCUGGGGCCGCCCGUAAGUUUCGAUUCUCGGCGAAGCGGUGUCCCGCGCUGCGGCCAGAGCAGCGGCAGCCAUAGCGCGCCAUGGCCGACCCCGGGGUGUGCUGCUUCAUCACCAAGAUCCUGUGCGCCCACGGGGGCCGCAUGACCCUGGAGAAAUUGCUCGAUGAGAUCGCGCUCCCCGAGGCGCAGCUCUGCGAGCUGCUGGAGGCGGCGGGGCCGGAUCGCUUCGUGCUAUUGGAGAUCGGAGGCCAGGCCGGGAUCACUCGGUCGGUGGUGGCUACCACCCGAGCCCGCGUCUGCCGUCGCAAGAUCUGCCAGAGACCCUGCGACAGCCUGCACCUCUGCAAGCUCAACCUGCUGGGCCGGUGCCACUAUUCACACUCUCCGCGGAACCUUUGCAAAUACUCUCACGAAGUUCUCUCGGAACAGAACUUCCAGGUCCUGAAGAACCAUGAACUUUCUGGGCUUAACCAGGAGGAGCUGGCAGUACUCCUGGUCCAGAGCGACCCUUUUUUCAUGCCUGAGAUAUGCAAAAGCUACAAAGGAGAGGGCCGGAAACAGAUCUGCGGGCAGCCGCAACCGUGUGAGAGACUCCACAUCUGCGAGCACUUCACCCGGGGCAACUGUGGUUAUCUCAACUGCCUCAGGUCUCAUAACCUGAUGGACAGGAAGGUGUUGGCCAUCAUGAAGGAGCACGGGCUGAGUUCUGAUGUGGUCCAGAACAUCCAGGACAUCUGCAACAACAAGCACUCUCGGAGGAACCCCCCUGCCAUGAGAGCUCCGCAUUCCCAUCGCAGAGGCGGGGCCAGAGGCAGAAGCAAAAGCAGAGACCGGUUCUUUCACAACAGUCUAGAACUUGUCCCACCUGUCUCGCCUCUGGAGUCUGGUCCACCUAGCCCAGAUGUCAGCAGCUGUAAGGACUCCCUGGAGGAUGUGUCUGCAGAUGUCACGCAGAAGUUCAAGUUCCUGGGAACUCACGACUGUGCACAGCUUUCGGCCGCUUCAUCCAAGACUCCCGGUCUCAGAGGAGCCGGUCAAAUGGGAGCAAGCCUGAAGUUUUCAGAGAAUGGGGACCCGAAUGGCUUCUUUUCUAGGAAUCAUGCAGAUUCAUCCCCAAGUCAAGCAGCCGGCGGCUUCCGGCUUGAUGUGACACAAACACAUGAAGCCAUAGCCGUGAAAUCGAGCAAGCCUUCUGGACCCCAUAUGGAUGUCAAGGGCAAGAGUGAGGCCCAAGACAAACAGAAGGUCCCUUUCUUGGGUAGUUAUGCUGGCGGAGCGGCUGUGGAAGGAAUUCUAGGUGACAGGGGCACAGUCAAUGGUCUGGGAGAAGUAACAUUACCUAGCAACCAUCAGAAGAGUACAGCCAACCCUCAGGAUCCCCGCACCACUGGCAGAAUCACCAACAGUGGUCAAGAUAUGGCAUUCCUGGGUGGCAAAUAUGGAGGAAACACACCCUGGCCCAUUAAAUCGACCCAUAAUGUACCAAAUGGCUCUAGUCAAAUUCUGAGUGAAACUCCUAAGAGCUCUGAAAGCAGCGCCACAGACUUUGGGGUAAAAGCAGCAGUCACAGGAAGAAAAGAAGCCAUGUGCUCUGGAGUACAGAGUCUGAGAAACCAGAUCCCGGCUAUGCCUGAGGAGAUCACUGCCCCUGCACAGGCCAGCAGGCUGCCUCUGUCACCCGCGCUUUCCUCAAGCCACAGAGUUGAGGUCCCUGAUGACCUAUCCUUCAUCACAAGUGCUGCAUCGCCUACUGAUGAUCGUGGCCCAAAGGAAAUCUGUCAGGACCAUCUGUAUAAGGGCUGCCAGCAGAGCAACUGCAACAAGAGCCACUUCCAUCUGCCCUACCGGUGGCAGGUAUUUGUAGAUAAUACUUGGAUUGACUUCCGGGCCAUGGAGGACAUCGAGAAGGCCUAUUGUGAUCCCCAAAAUGAAGUCAUUUUGAUGGGAAUCCAUCGGAUCGAUUUCCAGAAGAUGACCUGUGGUUCCUAUCGCAUCCGACGCCUGUCCACUCCUUCGUUUGUGGCACAGUCGGAGAAUUCUGUCUUCAGCACCACGUGGCUGUGGUACUGGAAGAAUGAGUUUAACAGAUAUGUACAGUAUGGGGAUGAGAGCCAUGGCUAUCCCCGCUCCAACAUCAGCUCUCCGUACCUCGAGUCUUUGUUCCGGUCCUGUCCCAGAGGAGUUGUUGUGCCAUUCCAGGCCGGUUCACAAAGCUACGAAUUGAGCUUCCAAGGGAUGAUUCAGACAAACAUCUCUUCCAAGACUCAACGGUGCGUCGUCCGAAGGCCAGUGUUUGUGUCGUGGAAGGACGUGGAGCAGAGGAGAAGAGGUCCAGACUGGCAGUCGGUGAUGCCCCAGGCAGAGGCUCUGACCCUGGAUGAUCCUCCCCAGAGGAACAUUAGCGAGUUUCCUUCCAACAGAUACGAGUUGUUAGAGCUCAAGAGCUACGACGGGGAGUAUGUCAAAAUAAGUGAACUUUUUAAAGCGUCCAUGAAAUAUCACAAGAUUGCAAAGAUAAAGAGGAUAUGGAAUGAACAACUCUUCCAGGCUUUUGAAAGGAAAGCAUUAAUGAUGGGGAAUAAAACUGAGAUGCGCCUGUUUCACGCAACAAGUCGUGUUCAUGUGGAUUAUAUCUGUCAGAAUAACUUCGAGAGGAUUCUAUAUGGAAAUUUGGAGAACAGAUAUGGAAAAGGAAAUUACUUUACAAAAGAAGCCAUCUCUUCCCACAAAAAUUGUCCAUACGAUGCCAGAAACAGUGUUAUGUUUGUGGCCCGAGUCCUGGUUGGAGAUUUCACUGAAGGAAACAUGAUGUACAAUAGCCCUCCUGCGCACUACGACAGCUGUGUGGAUAGCAGGUUGAAUCCCUCCGUCUUUGUCAUCUUCCAGAAAGAGCAGAUUUACCCAGAGUAUGUGAUUGAGUACUCGGAGCCAGAAAGAGACAAAACCUGCAUAAUUAGUUAGAAAUGAUGAACACUGCGCCGAAACCAUUCUGCCGACUUCUAGGACCAAAUCAUCCCCAGACAGUAGUUAGACUUUCGCGUAUCCUUGCUACAUUAGCGGAUGUCUUAAAUCAGCCAUUCUCAAACUUUUCUCUCUCCAAAUUCAGUCCCGGGCUGUACCCCCACAAGAGCGAGGCAGUGUGCUCUUUGCUAAAACUCUCCGUGAUGCCAGCGUUUUGAAAAGAUUGCAUUGUCUUAAAGUUACCAGUCAGGCUGACUUCCGAAUUGUCUGGAAUCGACUUUGCUCUUUCUCAUCCCCUCUUUGUUUUUGCUGUUUAGGUAGUGCUGCUGUAGUUUCACUGAAGUUGAAUUGGAUAUUAGUUUGGGAACUUUGAGAGUAAUGUAAUCCUGUUGAUUGAAAUAGUGACAUAAGACAUUGCAGCUAUGGGCAGAAAACCUGCUGAGGGAAGAGGCUCAAAGUUCAAUUUUAAUGCGAUUGAGACGCAGUAGCGAUACUAUUACGCGACGAAACAGAUCUGAGGGGCGCAUCGCUUUAGCUCUGCGUCCACUGGAAAGACAGGCUCCGUGGAGCUGACGCUGACAGACAUGAUAAGAGCCCCCACGUAUAGUUCAGAAGCAGCUCACUGGAGUCAGCUGGCCAGUUAAGCUCUUGGUGUCCAUGUCCUAAUUCAUGUGAUCACAGGGGACACCUCUUGCAGGUCAGACUUUCGUGGGAUCAUCUGGAUUUUAGUAGGAUGAAGUUGCAGUACUGGUAAACCCCAGCGCUGUUGGCAUUUGCAGGCAGAGAUAGAAAAGGGUCACCAGAAACCGGGAAAGGCCGUCCCUGUUUGAAGGUCGGGCUCGCAAGUCUGGUUUGCUGGUGAGCGCCAAAGCAGUACGCAGAAAACGAUGUCCCCACAUAGCCCUUCCCGUGCUAGCCGCAUCUGUUUGGAAAACAUAGCAGGUGUGUUUUCUAACAGCAUUUAGGAUGCCUGGACCAAUAUUUUCUUCCUUGCAACGUACGGAUCAGGUCUUUCUUCCAAUCCCCCUUCCUCAACAUUCCAUAACCAGUCCCUGCAGUUUCCUGUCCUGUGUUGUUAGUGGGCAUUUGGUCAGAUGCUUCACUUUGAUGGUCUCCACCAGUAACGCUGGAUAGAGCAUUUUUUAGAGCAGGGCUCUUUUUCUGGGGUGCAUGCCACAAUUUUUUUAAACUGAUUUUUCUUUUUUUUUAUCUUUUUUUCUUUUUCUCAUGUGGAAUCUUGUACUUUGGAAUACUCCUCCUCUGACCUAGACCAUGCUAUAGACAUGUAGUGUAUCCAACUUCCCAGUAAGCUAACUUCUAGUUCGAUAUUUACCAGUCGUCUCUGGUUCAACAGGUCCAAAAUGGAGCCUUCUAUUCACCUCUUUCAAAGGGGUCAAUUCCUGGUGUGUUUGUCCCCCCACCCCACCCCAAGCCUUAAAUAGUGUCUCUUGCUCCCUGCUAUGCAGCCCAGGCUCCUAGCUUCCCCUAACCUCUUACACAUCAUAGUUAUUUCCAAGUCCAUUUUCACCUUCCUCACAAGCCCUUCUGUAGUCCUUGCGGUUCUUAAUAGGGUUUCUCUCUAGCCUUGGAGCCUGCCCUGGAACUCACUCUGUAGACCAGGCUGGUCUCGAACUCACAGAGAUCCGCCUGCCUUCCAAGUGCUGGGACUAAAGCCUGCGCCACCACUGCCCUGCUUCCUUGUGGUUCUUGAUGACUUUUGCACCUGAUUCUAUUCAGUGGUUCUCAGUGAACUGUUCCCUCCCCUCCCCGCAACUAGGCAAUAUCUGUUUCAAUCUCCAAAGUGCGAUUCAGACAUAGCUUCUCCACAUAAUUCCAUUGAUUAAAAAAAAAUCAAAGUUGAUAUCAUUUAAGAGGGAAAUAAAAGGUCAUAACUCCGGCACGACUUUACAGUACUAAGACAUAAUGGAGUCGUCAGAUGCCUACAUUACCAUGAAUCAGUGUGAGCUUAGAAGAAAGGAAUUGGAGGGACGUGUAUGGACAUUAGAGUAAAAACAAUGAUGCAAGUCAUUUGCAGAUGUCAGCUCUAUCUGUUCAUGGUAAAAACGAAAUACCUUCAUUGAAAUAAAGAUACUGCACAAAAGAACAGACAGAGAAUGAAGAGAUAUAUUCUUACAGACGAGCUGUAGGUCAUACAUGAAUGUCUGAUGAGACAUUCAAAACUCGAAUAGGGCGCAGAAUAAUUUCUUAUUGUGAGAAACCGCCUAAUGUAUCGAAAGAUAGGUAGUUGGCUCUCACUCGCUAGCUAAAUCCCAGUAGCGCCCUCCCCCGCCCGCAGUCAUGACAACCAUAGACCCUACUAGACCCGUUCAUUCUUUUAAAGGUAGAUCUUUUUAUAACAUCUUUUGCCAUCUUGAGGUGAUUUAUAGGUAAUACAAUCUACACAUGAGCUUAUUAAAACUUAAUUUAGCGCCCUACCUGUGUUAUAAUGGAGAUGAAAGAUGGGAACUUUGUAAUGAACAUACACUUCAGUGUGUGUGUAAGGGCUCAGGCAUGACUAUGCUCUACGCUUUGAAAGAGCCGUUAACUCUGUGAAUAGGUUUGGACUUAGGAGUCCAGCAGGGGCAACUUCUUGAAAUGGGUGAAGUACAGGAAAGUGAGAAAUACAAGGGAUGGGUGACACAAACCAGACAGCAUUAGGGCACGGCGAAGCAGACCACGCCCCUUAUCUGUCUAUGGUGAAGGGAAGGGCGGGAUCACUUUAAUUUAAUGAUAAUAAGACAGGACAGAUUACAGUUUGUCUCAGAGAAGACAAGUGUUGUAUCUCUCAGACAAACUGUAGGUCCUGCAUAAAUGUCCGAUAGGACAUUAGACAGUCGCAAAGGUGCAGAAGAGUUUGUGUGUGGGACUGACCUAAACCACACACAGCAGGACGCUUGUUCUGCCUCAAGCUGCGUCUACUCAGUGCCGGUAAUAACCUUCAGAUAGAAAGCUGACCGCCAUCACUCUCGGCACGCUACCGGGAGAACCACUGGACCUUGUUAGUGGCCGCGCUCUUGGUUGGAUUCAUUCAGCCGUUACUUCUAUUUUGUUUUACUAUAGCGUAAGCCAGAUCCUUGCUUCAAAAACCCCCAGUUUUUAAACCGCUUUGUGCCUUUGUUACGUCUAUCUGUAUCAGCCUUGUUUGCGCAAUAAAAAGAAAAAAAAUUAA